CGGAGGUGAGAGCUGGAGCCGGGCAGGGCCCGCGGAGACGCGGUCAGGGGACGUCGGGCGGGGCCUCGGGAGCGCGCCCGGGCGGGGCGUGCUGGAACCCGCGGGGUGGGGGAUCGCACUCACCCCGGGGCUCCCUCCCGGUCUACAGACAUGUGCCCCGGGCUCCGCCGGCGGGAGUAAGGAGUGAGUGGCUUUCCAGCCUCCGCGCUGCGGAAACGGCGGCAUGGAAGAUGAGGCUGAGCAACCCUUAAGGCCGAGGACUCAGAUUCAGAGCAGGGUGCUGCUCCUGACCAUCUGUGCAGCUGGCAUCGGUGGAACUUUUCAGUUUGGAUACAGUCUCUCCAUCAUCAAUGCCCCGACCUUGUACAUUCAGGAAUUCAUCAAUGAAACCUGGCAGGCAAGAAGUGGCAAGCCACAGCCUGACCACCUGAUUCUACUUGUGUGGUCUCUCAUCGUGUCUCUGUACCCUCUGGGGGGCCUCUUAGGAGCACUGCUUGCAGGACUCAUGGCCAUCAGGCUAGGAAGGAAGAAGUCCCUCCUAGUGAAUAACAUCUUUGUGGUGGCUGCAGCCAUCAUGUUCGGCUUCAGCCGCAAAGCACGCUCCUGGGAGAUGAUCAUGCUGGGACGACUGCUCAUGGGAGUCAAUGCAGGUGUGAGCAUGGGCAUUCAGCCCAUGUACCUGGGGGAGAGCGCCCCUAAGGAGCUUCGAGGAGCGGUGGCCAUGAGUUCUGCCAUCUUUACAGCCCUGGGCAUUGUGAUGGGGCAGGUGGUUGGACUCAGGGAGUUCCUGGGUGGACAGCAGGCCUGGCCUCUGCUGCUGGCCAGUUGCCUGGUACCUGGGCUGCUACAGUUCACCACUCUACCCCUGCUGCCUGAGAGCCCACGAUACCUACUUAUUGACUGUGGCGACACUGAUGCCUGCCUGGCAGCCCUGAAACGCCUGCGGGGCACAGCAGACGUGACCGGGGAGCUGGAAGAGCUGGAGGAGGAGCGUGCUGCCUGCUGCGGCCAUCAUGCACAGAGCCCGUGGGGACUCUUCCAGGAUCCCACCCUGCGGAGGCAGGUGACCAGCCUCUUGGUGCUGGGCAGUGCUAUGGAGCUUUGUGGGAACGAUUCGGUGUAUGCCUAUGCCUCCUCUGUGUUCCGGGAGGCAGGAGUGCCGGAGGAGACUGUCCAGUACACCAUCAUCGGGACUGGGAGCUGCGAGCUGCUAACAGCUUUUGUUAGUUGUGUGGUGAUCGAGAGGGUUGGGCGGCGGGUGCUCCUGAUGACAGGAUACUGCCUGAUGACCUGCUGGGGGAGUGUCUUCACAGCUGCCUUGUGCCUGCAGAGUUUCUUCCCCUGGAUGCCCUACCUGGCCAUGUCCUGCAUCUUUGCCUUCAUCCUCAGUUUUGGCAUUGGUCCUGCUGGAGUAACAGGAAUCCUGGCCACAGAGCUGUUUGAUCAGAAGGCCAGGCCUGCCGCCUAUAUGAUCUAUGGGGCGCUCAUGUGGACCAUGCUCUUCCUGGUUGGGCUGGCCUUCCCAUUCAUCAUGGUAGGAAGGCUUGUCCCACUUCGUCUAUGUUCCUUUCGUCUGUGUCUGUAUCUGUGGGGCUGUCUACACAGGCUUGUUCCUCCCUGAGACCAAAGGCAAAACCUUCCUAGAGAUCUCCAAGGAGUUGCGAAGACUCAACUUGCCCCACCAGACUGGAAGCCCCAGGUGGACUGGUCCAGAGAUCAUCCAUUCCACGAAGGUCUAACUACCAAGCUGUGGCCAGAGCCCAGACUGGUUGCCUGCACUCAUUUCCUCCUGCCUUUAGCAAGUGUUUCUUGGGCACCCAUUGUGCAGAUGUGGUACUGGGUACUUGGCAGUUGGUGGGAGAUAGGGAGACACGAUGUAGGACCCCUUGAUUCUCCCCAUCUACAAACAAUUGACAGAACAUCAAUAGAAACAUAAUCAUAGUCAGGUGGCAGUGGCUCACACCUGUAAUCCUAGUUACUCAGAAGGCUGAGAGCUGAGGAUUGUGGUCCAAAGCCAGCCUGGGAAGGAAAGUCUGUGAGACUGUUGUCACCAAAUAACCACCAAAAA